GCAGUGGCAAGAAGGAUUAAGGUCAAGUUCUCUACUUCAGAAAAGCUUCACUGGCCCGAGCAAGAACUUGCUAAGAAGUCUAUUCUAAAUGCAGAAGAGUCCUUGAUCAUUGACAGCAAAGGAAGCAUUUCACAUUUAUCUCCUGGAAUACUAAAGGACAUUUUCACAACUGGAACCAGUAGUUACAAUGUCCUACUACAGAGCAAAGAGGAGAAAAAGCAUCAUUCACAAAAACAGUCUUCCUCCACCUACUCCAAAAGAUGUAGAAAACCCAACAAAUCUCCUAGCUCUUCACGUAGUAAAGAUCUUCGCAAGAUGAAAGCCCCAGUGCCUGUGAUGAGCAGUGAUACUUGGUACUGCCUAGAAAGGCAGCCUGCUGUUUUUGUCACUAGUUCAGUGUCAAGUCCUGUAAAGUUUACACAUGGUAUCUCUGUUACAGGAAACAGCACAGUACUGCCACCUAAACCCAAAAAUGAAAGAAAGGUCAAGCGACGCCAUUUCUCCACUCUUCCAAAGCCAAAGCCGCGGCCUCAGCUGUCUAGAAGUUUUGAAAAAGGAGAUGACUUUUCUGGAAAGAAAUUUUGUAUACUGACUGCUAUAAAGCCCACCAACUUGGAGAAAGAAAAAGUGAGAUUCUUUAAGUCUGACUAUACCUACAAUCCUCAGUUUGAAUAUGCUAAUCCUUCUCUGCCAAGUGUGUUAGCCAAGCACAGCAACGCAACUGACCGGUUUCUUAAGCAGUCCAUCAAUAUUAUGGAACUGACUUUACAAAAGUAUGGAAGCUAUGAAAAAUUUGAACAGGCCACCGGUGGUAGCCUGCUAUCUAAAACUCGAAUCUGGAGUCAUGUUAGGAAAUACAUGAUGAAAGAAGGCUGCAUGGGUGAGAUUGUAGUUCAUCUCACUGAGGACCUGCUUUCCCGAGCUUCCAUGACUGUAGUAAAUGGAUGUCCAACACUGACCAUCAAUGUUUGCACCGCACGUGAGCAUUGGCUGGAAGGAAUGCUGAGGCAUGAAAUAGGCACACAUUAUUUUCGAGGUAUUAACAACCUUCAGCAGCCAUGGAACAGUUGGACUGGCCGUAAAAAACAUGAGCUAAAGCCAAACAAUCCCACAGAGGAAGGACUGGCAAGUAUUCACAGUGUCCUGUUUAGAAGAGACCCCUUUUUAUGGAGGGCUGCCCUCCUCUACUACACUGUUUAUCGAGCCAGCCACAUGUCUUUUUGUGAAUUAUUCAAAGAUAUUGGAAAGUUUGUCAAGGACCCCAAUACAAGAUGGGAUUAUUGUGUACGAGCCAAGAGGGGAUGGACUGAUACCUCCCAACCAGGGUGUUUCAGUAAAGACCAGGUAUACUUGGAUGGUAUCCUGCAAAUCCUCCGAUAUAGAGAGACCAUUGACUUUCAUCUACUGACGGCCCUGGGGAAGGUCUCUUAUGAAGAUGUGGAUCGCUUAAAAGGAUUGGCAGUUACUGAAAACAUGAGGGUCCCUCACUUUCUGCAGGACCAUGGCCGAUAUAUGGAACACUUAGAGAAGAUCAUGGAAGUGAAUGAACUGACUGACAGGGAACUGAAAGAUCUUAUAUAUUAAUUAGCAUUCUUGCAAACAUAGCUAAGCUAUA